AUGUCUCAACACACCGAUAUUGCACGGUCGGCCAUCAUGACGUGCGCCUCCAUUCCCGAACACCAACGCGGUGCGUCGGGAAAGACGAAUGGAGCCGUUUCUCACUCGGGACCCGGGAAAGAGGCCAAUCUUAUGCCUCCCGCAAAGACACUGGUCGGACGAGCGCUAGGGAACGAGCUGCAUUCCGAUGCCCACAAGGGAUCUCAGGUGCCCAAGGAUGGUGUCGGCUUUGCCCUAACAGACACUCCGGUUUCUACCGCACCCUCGUCUCCACAAUUUACUGCGAACACCACCCCGUCUACCCCGGGUCGUGUGCGCGCCACUACCCUUGAUAUCCCGGGUCUCACCAAGUCCAAGGUCUCUCCUGAUGGACGUAUCGCUCAACGUGAUGUUGGCUCCAAGCUGGUCAUCGUCAUGGUCGGCCUCCCUGCCCGAGGAAAGAGUUAUGUGACCAAAAAGUUGGCUCGCUAUCUCAAUUGGCUCCAGCACGAUACGGAGAUUUUCAAUGUAGGAGAACGUCGUCGUGUGGCUGCUGGUAAAUCUCCAGCCGUCGCUGGAAGACGCCCUAGUCAUAGAGCCAGCACUAUUCACAGCGAGCUCCUCCCACCCCCGGCUGUUCCGACCAAGAUCCUCGUCAACGGAAAAGAAGAAGAUCCCUCCCAGAGUACCAUAGUACCUCCGAUGAACGCGAGUCCGGCGGAGCAGGAUGCCAUCCGCGAAGCAUCUCCCGAGCCUAUCGACCAGUCGGCCAGCUUCUUCGACCCUAAGAAUCAACUGGCUGUGAAGCUCAGAGAGCAGGUAGCCCUCGACACCUUGGACGAACUCUUGGAUUACAUCCUCGAGCAAGGGGGCAGCGUAGGUAUUCUCGACGCCACCAACAGUACCAUGGAGCGUCGUAAAGCGAUCGUCGAUCAUAUCCGCAACCGCGCUGGUCCCGAGCUCAACAUCUUGUUCCUUGAAAGCAGCUGUGUGGAUCCGGAACUGCUGGAGGCCAACAUGCGCCUCAAGCUGUCUGGCCCUGACUACAAAGAUCAGGACCCCGUGAAGGCACUCGAGGACUUUAAACGGCGUGUGGCUCUCUAUGAGAAAUCCUAUGUGCCGCUUGGCGAGUAUGAGGAAAAGCACAACAUGGCCUAUAUCCAGAUGAUCGAUGUGGGACGCAAGGUUGUGUCUCAUCAGACCCAUGGAUUCCUCUCCUCGCAAGUGGUCUACUACCUGCUGAACUUCAACCUCUCCCCACGUCAAAUCUGGAUCACCCGGCAUGGUGAAAGCAAGGACAACCAGCUGGGUCGCAUUGGUGGCGAUUCGGAACUGAGCGAGAAUGGCCAUCGCUAUGCGCAGGCGCUCAAUCGGUUCAUUGACCACCAGCGGCAGCAGUGGGAGCUGGUUCAGAGACAGAAGGAAAUGCUGAGGCAUCUGCCACCUCGUGCCGGCGACAGCACCCCUCCCAACCCCUCGUACAUCCCGCGAGACCGGCCGCGCAACUUCUGUGUCUGGUCCUCGAUGAUGCAACGCUCGGUGCAGACGGUCGACUACUUUAACGAGGACGAAUAUGACGUCAAGCAGAUGAAGAUGCUUGACGAGCUGUAUGCUGGCAAGAUGGAAGGCUUGACAUACGAUGAGAUUCGCGACAAGUUCGCCGACGAGUACGCGGCCCGUCGGAAGAACAAGCUGUACUACCGCUACCCUGGCCCUGGAGGCGAAGGGUAUCUGGACGUGAUCAACCGGCUGCGUGCCGUGAUCAUCGAGGUGGAGCGGACCACCGACCAUGUCCUGCUGGUCACCCAUCGAUCGGUCGCGCGGGUCCUUCUGGCGUACUUCCGGGGCCUGAAACGCGACGAGGUUGCCUCCUUGGAUGUGCCCCUGGGCAUGCUCUACAUGUUGGAACCCAAGCCGUAUGGUGUGGAGUUCAAGGCCUACCGCUACAAUCCCAGUACCGACUGGUUUGAUUACAUCCCGGACUUCAAAUUGCAGCAAACCAAUUACUAG